UAUCUAACCUAUAAUUUUUCAAUUCCUAGAAAAUAUCUUAUCUACCAGAGUACAAAAAAAACUUAAAUUGAGAUCAAUGGGACGACGAUAUUAUUGUGAUUAUUGUGACAAAACCUUCAUUGAUGAUGUAGGAGCUAGAAAGAAGCACUUGCAGAGUUCUCAUCAUAUUAAACUGAGAAAUUGGUAUUAUGAUGAUUGUAGAGAUACCAGUGUUAUAUUGAAAGAAGAAAUAACGAAAGCACCUUGCAGACGUUAUGAACAGAAUGGCACCUGUCAAUUUGCUGGGAAUUGUAAAUAUAGGCAUUACACACAAGACGAAUUAGCACAAUUGGCGGACCAAGUUGAGAAAGAAGAGGCAUUCAAACAGAGAAAAAGGGAAGAAUCACUUAAUAUAGCCACUUUAGAUUCUUGGAUGGAGAAAUAUAGUGAGAAAGUGAUAAACAAAGCAGAUAGCAAUAUUAUUAGGCCUUUUUGGACAUAUCCCAGUGCUCUGGAGAGGAGGGCUGAUUUACCACCUUCCUUGAAGAAGUUCCAGGAAAGUAAUUUUGUACCUGGUGAUUUACAAGAAUGGGGAUGAAAUAACAUACAAAUAACAUUGUUUUGUUAGAAUUGAUAGCUUUUCAUUUUACGACAAUGAAUAAUUGGACUUUUUUUACCGCAAAUAUAGGAUAUAUGAUAAAA